AUGACUCUGUGCUUUCAUUCACAGGAGGAAAGCGAGUGUCCUUCAUCUCUCUCUGUUAUCAAAGAGAGGACAGCAGGUGAAGCUUUAGAGGAUGAUUUCUUCCCACCUGAUGAUCUCUCUUCUGAUGAAGAAUACUAUAUUGAAGAAAGCAAAGCAACCCAGUUCAAGAAAUCAGGAAUGAGGCGCAUAGAUGAUAUCAAAAAGGCUUUUUCCAGGGAAAAUAUCCAAAAGACAAGACAAAAUUUUGGCAAGAAGGUGAACAGGCUUCGAACUAGAAUAGUGACCCCUGAGAGGAGAGAGAGGAUCAGGCAGUCAGGAGAGAGACUGAAACAAUCUGGGAUAAGGAUCAAGAAAACCAUUUCACAAGCUGCCCCAACAAAGGAGACGUUCAAGAUCCAUAAAAAGAAUAAGGAACGAACAGGAGCCGAAGGUCAGGAGGGGAUCCAGGAAGCCAGCGUGCACAUCGCCUCUGAGCUUGCAGCAGCAGAGCCCUUCACCGAAGAAAUCUCUUACACAGAAGUGAUCACGAAGGUAAAGACAGACAAGAACAGCGCAACAAAAGGUGCUUCCCAGUCAACUGAAAAAGGAGUGACAAUCCCAGAAGUUGUUUUUAAGCAGGAAGGGAAAGAAGGAGGAGGAGGAGAUGAUGUCCCUUUGCUAGACUUAAAGCAGUCGGCAUAG